AUGUCGAAGGAAGAGGAAGAAUUAAUGAAGGAUAUGCAAAAAGACGUUGUUUGGAAUGCCUAUCUUGCAGAAAUGGAAGGAUAUGAGGAUAUGGUUUGGACUGAUGCUAAAAGACGUGGAAAGGAAUUGACUGGUGAUGAUAUUGAUGCUAUCAAGGAGAAGAUUAGAGAAAAGAGAAAGGAAUUGGCAAAGAAAUAUAAACAAAUGAAAAAGGUCUAUGACCAAACUGGAAAACUGGACACAGUUCAACAACCAAAAGCAGCAGGAGAGGAAAAGAAAUUAUAUGAAGAUUUGGCAAAGGUUUUCAAAGAAAAUGCUCACUUUGUUGAUUCACCUGAAUUUGGUUCAAUUAAAAAGGAAUUUGAAAAGAGAAGUGGUUUCUCGAUACCAUCUGGUAUUCAUGAAGAAUAUUCUCCUGAACAAAUUGAACAAUUUAUGAAAAUGUUGGAUGGAGAAGAAGGAAAGGAAAUGGAAGAAUACAUGAAUAAGAUUUUAUCAGAUGAUGUGUUUGCUAAAUUGGGAAUUAAUGCUGAAGAUUUUAACCCUGCCAAGACUGGAGGUUUCAAUUUGGAAAAUUUGGAAAAUAUGGCAAUGCCAGCAAUGCAUGAACCACCAAAAUCAAAGCCAAUCUCAAAGGAAGAAUUUGAAACAUUCAAACACAGUAUGUUAUCUGACAUUAGAAAGAAUCAAUAUGGUAUGGAACAAUUCUUCCUUAACGAAACUGGCCAAACAUUCGAGGGUGUAAUGGAUGACUUUUACAAUGUAAUGAAAGAGCAAAAUGUCAGUAAUCCUGAUGAAUUAUUUUUAAAACUCAGAGAAGGUGCCAACAAGAAGAAAUAA